UAAUAAUCUGUGCCUUUCUAAACAUUUAGAAACUUCUUGAACGUACUCGUGCCAGGCGAGAGAACUUACAGAAGAAAAUGGCUGAGCGACCUACAGCAGGGAUGAGGCCCACAAUGCAGACAAAGAGAACUAGAGAACCUUUGUCAGAAACGAAUAACCAAUCACCUUUGCCUGAUGAAGAAGUGCAACCUAGUACAAAGCCAUCCCCAUCAAAAAGGCUCUGUUCUGCCAGCAUGGAGGGUCCAGUUUCUAGCUCAGAGAAUAGACAACCAGUUAAUUCAACUUCCAUGAAGUAUCUUCCUCCUGAGAUGACUGCACAGCCACAAGCAACUGGAAAUAACAGGGCUCCCUCAGUUCAGCCUGUUCCAGUGCUUGUUAAGAAGGAAGAACAGAACUUGAAAACUGAAGUACCUGAAGCCCUUACAGUCAAAACACGUAUGCAGAAAUUGGCACAACAACGACGCUGCUGGGAUGAUAAUGAUCCAUCUGAAAGUCCUCCCCUUCUGUCAAAAGAACGGAUUGUUUCCCCACCCAAACAGCCAUCUCUGCAAAGUGAUACCCCAAUUGGGAGAAGAGGCCGUUUAGCUAACCUUGCUGCUACAAUUGGUUCCUGGGAAAAUGAUCUAAGUCAUCCAUCUGCAAAGCAAAACAAUACACAAGAACAGCCUGGCACUACUUGUUUAUCCAAAUUGUCCACUACAAGUGAAGCAUCUGCUCGAAUCAAUAGUGGCAGUGUAAAGCAGGAAGCGGCAUCCUGUUCUCAAAGAAUUAUUGAGGUGUCUGUAAAUAAACCAGCAACCUCUGAAAUAUUGGGAUCAAAUGAUGACUUAGCAAAAUCCUCUAGAGUUGCCAAUCCUAAGGAAUCUGAGGUACAACAACCAUUAAAAAAGAAACCCUGCAGUCCACAGAAAACAAUCUUAUCUCAGCCAGCUCAGCCCAAAGAAGAACCAAUCAAAAUAACGUAUACACAACUUGAACAUAAGAAUAAGCCUACAACACCAGGAGGGUCAGGAAUCAAACCCUUUCUGGAACGUUUUGGAGAACGCUUUCAAGAGAAUAGUACUCAAAGUCCUGUUACAACUACUACUGGAUACAGAACGCCAAUUAUUACCCCAAACACAAAGACAAUCCAGGAAAGACUUUUCAAACAGAAUGAAACAUCCUCCACUGCAAGUCUAGCACAACAGCUCAAGCAGGAACGUGAAAAAGAACUUGCUAGUAUUCGUGUCCGGUUUGACAAGGGCAAUCUGUGGAGCGCUGAGAGAGGUGAAAAUUCAAAAAGCAGACAUCCAGAAACGAAAAUGGAAAGCCAAGCUCAAGCUAGUUCAACACAGCUUGCUAGUUCAGAUGCUAUUUCUCUUGUAGCCACAGAAAAGACCACAGCAUCUGAGAAAUCUCCCUCAGAAUCUUCAGGCUCUUCAAAAUGUGAAGAGACUGAAAAACUCAGUCCUCUGAAGAACAAAGGAUUGCUAAAGAAUCCACUAAAAGCAGGGUCUGUCUCAAAACUUGAGCGACUUACAGAGAAAGAAAAUGAUGCAGUAUGUGAAGUUAAGAUAAGUGUGGAUGAUGAAAUGAAUAGCUCAAAGGUAAUAAAUGAUAUUUUUGAUGAAGUUCUUCAAGAGGAUGGACCAGACAUAGAAAAACUAAAAAAAGAAAUGAGUAUGAACCUGGAAGCUGGGAGUGAUGAUGAUCAGGAAGAGUCACUGAAUAUUUCAUCAAUGUCUCUGCUAACUCCAUUAGCAGAAUCUGUUGGUGUUGUAAGUCCAGAGGUUUUUGCUUCCCCUAGUAGGUCAGUUGCUGAGAGCAGCAGUGUAAGUGAUGAAAGUCCAAAGUCUGGCAAAUUCCAAAGGACACGGUUCCCUAGAGCAGAAUCUGGGGAUAGUAUUGGCUCCUUGUCAGAAGACCACAACCUUCUGUAUAGCAUUGAUGCUUAUCGAUCUGAAAGAUUUAAAGAAACAGAUCGCCCUUCAAUAAGACAAGUGAUUGUUCGCAAAGAAGAUGUUACUUCUAAGCUAGAAGUAAAAAGAAAUGGAACUUCUGAUCAAGUUAAUAUUAAACAGAAAAUGCAGGAGCUGAAUAAUGAAAUCAGUUUGCAACAGACUGUGAUUCAUCAGGCCAGCCAAGCUCUGAACUGCUGUAUUGAUGAGGAACACGGAAAAGGAUCACAAGAAGAAGCCGAAGCAGAGAGACUUCUCCUUCUUGCAACUGAAAAGAGAAAAGCUUUGCUUGAAGAGCUCAACAAAUUGAAGAAUGAGGGACCUCAGGGCAAAAAAAAUAAAGUGCCAUCCACAACUGGUGAAUUUGCUCCAUCCAGGGGAUCUGUUACUCUUUCAGAAAUGCGAUUACCUCUGAAAGCAGACUUUGUCUGCAGUACAGUUCAGAAACUAGAAGCAGCAAACUACUACUACAUAAUAUUGUUGAGAUCAGGAGCGGAAAACAUGAUAGCAACUCCUGUAGCAAGCAUUGCAAAUUCCCUAAAUGGAGAUGCUCUUACUUUUACUACGACAUUUACUUUGCAAGAUGUGUCCAAUGACUUUGAAAUAAAUGUUGAAGUUUACCAUUUGGUACAGAAGAAAGAAGGCACAGGCAAUGAUAAGAGGAAAAAGGCAAGCAAAUCAAAGGUUAUUACUCCAAAGAGAUUAUUGACAUCUAUUACUACUAAAAGCACCCUUCUUACCCCAGUCAUGGCUAGUCCAAGUGGCCCCAAUGCUGUGCGCACUAGUAACUUUGUACUUGUUGGAUCUCACAAGAUUUCACUGCUUUCACUUGGGAACUCCAAAUUUACUUUGGACAAGAUAAAUUAUGGAGGGAAGGAAAGAGAACUACUGGACUUUAUGUUCCAGGACAAGGUUCCCUUUCUGUCUUCUUUAGAAGGCCAUAUAUAUCUAAAACUAAAAUGUCAGGUAGACUCCUUUGUGGAAGAAAAGGGAUUUUUGACAAUGUUUGAAGAUGUUAGUGGAUUUGGGGCUUGGCAUCGGCGCUGGUGUGUGCUUUCUGGAAACUGCAUCUCUUACUGGACAUAUCCAGAUGAUGAAAAGCGAAAGCAUCCUAUGGGCCGGAUAAACUUGGCUAACUGCACGAAUCGUCACAUUGAACCAGCCAACAGAGAGUUCUGUGCCCGACCCAACACUUUUGAGCUAAUCACUGUCAGACCUCAGAGGGAAGAUGAUAGAGAGACUCUGGUCAGCCAAUGCAAAGACACACUCUGUGUCACCAAGAACUUGUUAUCUGCUGAUACUAAAGAAGAGCGCAACCUUUGGAUGCAAAAACUCAACCAAGUUCUUGUGGAUCUUCGUAUGUGGCAGCCUGAUGCAUGCUAUAAACCUAUUGGAAAGCCUUGAAACUACGAGGAAAAUUGCUGUGAGAUCUUAUGUAGAAGAAAACAAACUGCAUUAUAAAUCCGUUUUUUUUAAAAUGUAGGAUUGUCUAAGCACCUCUGGGUUACUUAUUAUACUUUAUGCUUUAAAUCUGGAAGAGUAUGUGCCAUUCAUUAUACAGACUAUGUUAUGUAGUAUUUGUAUUUCUUAUUAGAAUUUUAACAACUUUCUUAGCAAACGAGUGUUAUAGGAGGCAAUUAAGCUCCUUAUCUGAAUGUGCUAAAUAUGAAUAUAAAACCUCUUUUUGAAAAUCUAUACAGCUUAGUAUGGUCUAUUAAGAUAUCAAAGUUUCUUUGGAAACAGCUAAAUCAGGAGAUAGCUUUAUUACAGGAAAUCUGAAAUUUCUUGUAAAACACAAGUGUACUAGUUAACUGUAUUUUUCUUUAAGGGAACAGUGACUCAUCAGAGUUCACACCAUUUAAUAGGUAGAGUGCUGAAGCAGGAACUUCAAUGCUUUUGAGGUUUUUAGUAAUUCUUCCUUAGGCAUAAAAGUUGCCAGUUUUGUGCACUUUACAGCAUGCGGUAUAAACUUUCACUUGUGGAAAGUGGAAACUACUUGUUGUCAGAAAAAGAAAUGUACAAAUACAUCCAUAACUGUUUCUUACAUUCUUAAUCUUGUCUGCCAUUUCUUAUACAAAGCAGUUUAUGGGCGAGUGCAUGGCACAUGCUAUGUGGUUUACAGAAGUUGAAUUAUGUAUGCAGUAUGUUGCACAUUUUCAUAGAAAUAAAAUGUCUUGAAUAUUCUAUUAGGGUUUUAUACGUUUAGUUUCAAACUGCCCAAAUAUGUGUGUCCUGAAUCUUAUGAUUUGUACAGAGUAUAAUUUUCAUUCUUUUUUUUUCCUGCAUUUGAGCACCAGAAAAAAAUUGUAAUUUUUGUUCCUUUUUAUAAGACUCAACAAAGCUGCUGUAUGCCAACUAAUACUUUUUUGGCCAUGAGAAAUACUAGAGUUGUCUAUAAGUUCAGGUAAAACUCUGUACUUCGGGCCACCAGUAAAAUGGCAGAACUACUCAGUUAAAGUCCAAAUAUGCAAUGUUCACAAAAGCUUUCUACUGCGCUUACUGUAAAGUACAUUAGUAGUGUACUUUAAAGUGCUAUAAGCUGUUAAAUCUUCACACUUGAAACACUAAAUUCUGUCAACCAAACUUUUCAUCCUGUCUUCUCUACUAUUGCUCUUGAAUCUACUGUUUUUGUCAUCUUUAAAUAUUUCAGAAUGAUGUAUUAAGAUUUAUUGUAUUCCCUUAUGUAAAGAAUAAAAGGACUGAGUAAACUU